UACUUCACCCUUUGGCCAUUGGCAACAGUUUGGACUUUAGCUUGUGCCACAAUAUCCAGCUGUGCAUCCCUGCUGGGUUUUCCAAGAAGUUGAGGAUGUAGGAGGAAUCACCCUGAAGCUUUGGAUCAUGUCACCCGACUGUCUGCUGUGGACCUUUGCUCUACCAAAGACCAUUCAUUCUGCUUAAUUCUGUGUAGCUGCUAGCAUUACUGCUUUGGAGGAAAUGUAUAUAAGAAGGAAGCGACUGCAGCUGAGCAGGGUUUUGUUUCUUCUCUGUGGGGUUUUUCUCUGUACCCUCUACCAGAUGACCACCAGUGCCAGACUGCACAAACCUUUCCACCUGCCUCAGGUCGGAGAGGAUUUUGGAGAAGGUUCGACAGAGGAGGUUGAGGAGACUACAGCAGAGACUCAGGUCCGAGAGAAGGUUCUCACCGCGACACGUGGAUUGGAGAACGCAGAUCAAACAACACCAGAUAUGCUUGUGGUUGAUUCUUUUGUUACCACUUCAGAUUUGAAUGCAUCCAUCACCACUGAAUCUCCGACAUCCUCAACCACAAAACGGACUUUUGUGCAUUGCAUCUUUGUGGCCCCUGAUCCUCCACAGGAGACCCCGACACCAGCUCCAGCCCCUCCUGUGACAACCUCCACUCCUCCUCCUCCUGGUGAAGCUCCUCACAUUAAGGGGGAGUACCCUGAAGAUAUCUUUUCUGUUGAAGACCGCAGACGAGGUUGGGUGAUCCUUCACGUUAUUGGGAUGAUGUACAUGUUCAUGUCACUUGCCAUCGUUUGUGACGAGUUCUUUGUUCCUGCUCUGGGAGUAAUCACAGACAAGUUAGCCAUCUCUGACGAUGUGGCAGGAGCCACCUUCAUGGCUGCGGGUGGCUCUGCUCCUGAGCUUUUCACCUCCUUGAUUGGAGUCUUCAUCGCCCACAGUAACGUGGGCAUCGGCACCAUUGUUGGCUCUGCAGUUUUCAACAUUUUGUUUGUGAUUGGAAUGUGUGCUUUGUUUUCGCGAGAGGUUCUUCGUCUAACCUGGUGGCCACUUUUCCGAGACGUGUCCUUCUACAUAUUCGACCUCAUCUUACUCAUCAUCUUCUUCUUGGAUAAUGUGAUAAUGUGGUGGGAGAGCGUGAUGCUGGUGACCAGUUACUCUCUCUACGUGAUCUUCAUGAAGUUUAAUGUGCAAUUAGAGCGAGCCUUCAAGACCCAACUCCACAAACACAAGAACAUUGUCAGAAUUAUAGCCGUGGAGGAAUCUGAAAAGAUAAAUGGGAACGCAGAAGAUAAUGCCCCUCCUCCUCCAGAUGACAAGAAUCUUUUAAAGCUGAAGCCUUCCCUUCAGCGAGGGGGAAGUUCAGCUUCUUUACACAACAGCACCAUGAGAAACACCAUCUUCCAGCUCAUGAUCCACACAUUAGACCCUCUGGGGGAGGGGAAAUUUAACGAUAAGGCUGACACUCUGAAUAAUGUGGCUAGACGGACAGCAGAGAGAAAAACUCAGGACAAAAGUGAAGAUGCUGUGGGGAAAACAGAGCAGACAAAAGAGUCAGAGGCUGCCCCCGCUGCAGAAACGAAGAAGAAGGAGCAGCCAGAGGACAAGAAGGAGGAUGUGUCAGGAGGAGGACGUGAGGAUGGGUCAGGAGACUCAGGAGACUCUGACAGUGAUGAUGAUGAUGAAGACAGUGAUGAAGACAGUGAUGAGUCCAGUGAAGACGAAAGUGAGGAGGAGGAGGAGAAAGAAGAGGAGCCUCUGUCUUUAAACUGGCCCGACACACCACUGAAGCAAGCCACCUACCUCGUCCUGCUGCCCAUAAUCUUCCCUCUGUGGCUCACUGUUCCAGAUGUCCGCAACCAGAAAUCCAGAAAAUUCUUUGCGUUCACUUUCCUGGGCUCCAUUCUGUGGAUUGGUGUUUUCUCCUACCUCAUGGUGUGGUGGGCCCACCAGGUGGGUGAGACCAUCGGCAUCUCAGAGGAAAUUAUGGGUCUGACGAUUCUGGCUGCGGGGACAUCCAUCCCCGACCUCAUCACCAGUGUGAUUGUGGCACGUAAAGGCCUGGGGGACAUGGCUGUGUCCAGCUCUGUGGGCAGCAACAUCUUUGACAUAACUGUGGGUCUUCCAGUCCCAUGGCUCCUGUACUCGUCCUUUCACGACUUUGCUCCAGUGGCUGUCAGCAGCAAUGGACUCUUCUGUGCUAUUGUGCUUCUCUUCAUCAUGCUCCUCUUUGUCAUCAUCUCAAUUGCAUCCUGCAAGUGGAGUAUGAAUAAGGCUCUGGGUUUCACCAUGUUCCUGCUCUACUUUAUCUUCCUGGUUCUUAGUGUGAUGCUGGAGGAUCGCAUCAUUACCUGCCCUGUGUCCAUCUGAGGGUGUGAUCAGAAAGAGACUUUUAAUCCCGACAUGUGCUGAUCUCAUGAAGGAUGGACAGCUACUGGAGGUGCUUUGCAUUGCCGACAGUGGUCUGUUUGAUAUGUCAGCAGAAAUUAACACAACAUUUUCUAAUACUUCUUACUUCUAGUAAAAAGUGCAGCUUUAACAUAUUGUUUAAGAUUAUAUCAGAUUAUCCACAUUUUUGUGUAAUAAAGUUUGACAGAACGAACACUAGCAGGUAUAUAAAUAAAUUCCUCUUUUUAGAAAAUAGAAGAGACUUAAUUUUUAGGUUAUAUAGAGUUUUUUGAAAAGCUAUGAAGUUUGUAAAUUUGAUUUUUUUUUUU